GCGCGCAUCAUACAGGGACAGUAUUUUCGCGCCUUAUCUGUAAAUUUGAGAAAAAAACAAGUGAUGAAGCGAAUGGUGCAGAGAAUAUUCACCAAUUCUUUUGUGCUGAAAUCUCCGUACUUUAUUAGUUGAAUUAAUUCAUUCGUCAAUUUUAAACUGACGGCGAAAUAAAGUAUUUGUGUUCGGUGUUUUCGUGAUGUAAAAUAGCUUUGUGUUGAAUACGCGGUGAUUUUAUUUUUGGAUAGUGCCUUCCUUUACUUGAUGUGGCCGCAUUACUAGCACUAGGUUCGUUUCCGUAGUGAUAUAAUGAGAAGUAACAACUUGGAUUAGCACUAUUUGCGUUCAUUUCAUAUUGCUGGCGCUGCAACCAUUUCAAAUCUUGUAUAUUGGCUGCGUUAUUGUCGCUGCGAACGUGAAAUAACCAAUGAACGGUAUGCCGGAACAGAAAUUAAAACAAGCGCGACUACCGUUCAAAUCAACCACGACGAGAAAAACGACUAUUCCCGAGGCUGGUAAGAAAAGAAAGCACGAAGAUGAUUCCGAAAAUACGCCCCAACCUGCGUACAUAGACUUGACGGAAGAGAAGGAACGUUCGCGGUCUCCUUCGAAUAUCGAUACAGCCGAUACGGGGGUAAAAAGCAACAAAGUAUGUAUCAUUCGAGCCGAAUCCGAGUCAGCGAAUUCCCAUUCCAAUUGUACCGAUGUGCCUAAAUCCAACGAUUCUAAACCUCACGAUAAAUGUUCGUUGCAAAAAUGGUUCAAACCCAAAAAAGUCCCAGUUACCAAAGAUGUUAGGAACGUCGAUGAAAGAAUCGAGGCGAAACGUGACCAUACGAGUACGUCAAUUGUGACAAAUGAGCAAGAUGAACUUAUGGUGACUGAUGAUUCUGCCUCAUCGCGACAGCUGGAUGCUCAGAAAGCCGGCGAAGGCGAAGACGAUGGCGAAGACGAAGACGAUGACGUUUCUGCGGUCGAUGAUAGCGUGAAUUUGUCGAUCGAUGUCGAUGUAUCCGAGAAUGAUGGCAGUUUUAGUAAGACAGAAUCAUCUGCACCGGAUACGCCUACUUCCAAGUUGAAUGUCAAGAAGAAAUUGAGUGCCAAACAGAAGAUGAAACGAGAAGAAAUCGAAAUGAAGAGAUUAGAAAAAGAGAGACUGCGAAAAGAAAAAGAAAAGAAAAGACUGGAAGAGAAAGAAGAAAAACAAAGACUGAAAGAAGAAAAGGAAAGAAAGCGUCUUGCGGAGUUGGAAGCAAAAAAUGAAGAAAAACGACAAAAGGAAGAAGAUCGCAAAGCCAAAGAAGAUGAAAAGAAAAGACAGAAAGAAGAAGAACGUAAAUUGAAGGAAGAAGAGCGCAAACAAAAAGAAGAAGAACGCAGGCAAAAAGAAGAAGAAAAACGACAGAAAGACGAACAAAAACGUCAAAAAGAAGAGCAAGAAAGAAAAUUGAAAGAAAAAACUGCCGCCGCUUUCACUAAUUUUUUCUUACCGAAAAAUAAAGAAAUUCCCAAAGAGCAGCCGGAUAGCUCCGAUAGAAUCGAUUGUACCACAUUUAUGCCUUUCGAAGUUAAAGAGAAUAUGAGACUUGCCAGCGUUCAUAGAGUCAAUGUAUCCGCCGAAGCGCUUCGGCUUCUCGAUGAAAUUCUACAAAAAGACGAAACCUUGCCGAAAGAAUCCUUAUAUCUAGCCGCUCUGAAAUCUGAACAUUAUAAACCGGGUAAAAGCGAUAACACGUGGCCGUUGAAUGCGACCGAAGACGACGACGAUGUCAUGAUCGUCGGCGAUGAGCACAGUUUACCAGCUGCUGAAAUGCCGAUGAGGUAUCGGUGUAAAUUAAUUCAAUUUCACGAGAAUAGAAGGCCCGCUUAUCGGGGCACGUGGAGGAAACAGAGCAAAACAGUAUCUGGGCGGACACCUUUCAAACACGACGAAAUUUUUGAUUACGAAGUGGACUCGGAUGAAGAAUGGGAAGACGAACCUGGUGAAGACCUCGAAGGCGGAUCAGAAGAUGAAAAAGAAUCCGAAGAUGAUUACGAAGUAGACAACGAAGUAUUCGUUCCUCACGGUUAUUUAAGCGACGAAGAAGGUCAAAAUGACGAUGGCUUGGAUUCGUCUCCUAAAACUAACAAAUUGAAGUUGAACGUGUUGGAGCGUCAGUUCGAAGAAGAAAUGAAAGAAAAAACCCAUAAACUGAAACCUCGUAUUUUCGGUUGUAUUUGGAUCGAGAACGUGGUCAAGAGUAACGAAGGAGUCACCAACGUGGAAAAUUUACUUCUCACCUUCCGAGCGGUUUACAACGAGCAGAGGACGCCGUUUUGCGUGCUUUCCGAGGCCAACGAAGUAACUCCGCAAAAUACGCCAUCGCUUAAAGCCAAGCCGAAGAACGAGUUCCCGGAUUCGCUGUUACCAGAUUUAGUAAAAUUGGCUCACGGAAACAAGAAAAAUACAAAAAUACUCGCCAAAGAAUUUCACGUUUACGUUUUAAACAAAGAUCCUACCUUGAACCUGACGCUUUCUUGCAUCACAAACAAGUUGAAGGAGAUAUCGACUUGGGUUUCGAAUAUAGCUUGCAGACUAGUCAGCGAUGAAAUCAGAAAUCAGUGCGGAUUAAACGAGUUAUCUCACGCGGAAAACUCGUGGAAGUAUAUGACGAUCGCGGAGAAGCCUGUUUGCGAGAAAACUCCGAAGCCAGAUCCUAUCGAGAAAUGUACGCAACUGCUCGGCUCGGCCGCAGCUCCCAUCUCGCCGAUGCUUAAAGAAAUCCCAAAAAACAAGUCAUCCAUCGAAAAGUUUGUUAAAGUGCUUACGCCGGAAGAAAAGCAAAUGGCUUUUCACGAAAAUACCUCGGAGAAGAGCGACAAACCGGCGACGUGUGCGCCAGCUACGAGUAUAACCGCUCAAAAACCCAAACCUAAAAACGAUAUUACCAAGUUCAUCAAAUUCGGCACCGGCGUCGGUAAAAGCGUAGAGAACGAAUCGUUCAAAAUUAACUCGCAUCAGCGACAGAUUUCGAUCGAUUUAACCGCAGACGAUUCAAAUCCUUCGGACGAAUCGUCGAAUCGACCAACUAGCGAAGCUGUAGAUUCGAAAAAUCAAACUGUCGCCGUCGAAUCGCCUGCGGCUUCCAAAAGUACGCCAAAUAAGCCGGUCAAUAUCCUAGUUCCUCGUAAAGUACCUAGAAGUGCGGCCACCGCAAACGUUCUAAUACCGAGAAAAACGCCCGGCCAAUUUGCCGCUUCGGCCAACUCGACCGAAAUGCCUCCACCUAAAACGUUUAAUUUCAACGAAAUGAAAACGCAGAGUAACAACACCUUUACUCCGAAAAGAUUGCUCGACUCGUUGAACAAAACCGAUCUCCCUAAAACUGUUAACGCUUUUCUUCCGAAACGCGCUAAAGAUGUGAAAAAUUCGGAAAAUCUUAAACCAGUCAACGUUCUUACGCCUAGACGAGCUAACGUCGCCAAACACGACAGUAAAAUAACUGCGAGCCCGUCGUGUUCCAAACCGGUCAACAUUUUAAUUCCGAGAAGAGCUAACGAUAAAGACGUAAAGAAGAUUGACGCCGGCGACGUCCGAAAGGACGAACCGAAAACACCGGACAUCCGUGAAACCAAAGAUAUCGCGCAGGAUGACGCUAGUAGCGAUUUUACACUUUGUAUCGAAUCAAACGAUGCGCCCGAUCAAGAAAUGUGUAGAGAAAGCGGCGGCGAUACCGAGCUCGAAAAGUGACCGUUUAAUGCAUUUUGUAUCUCGUUAUCUCGAUCGAUGCUGAAUUUUAAGUACAUACCUAUGCGAAUCGUCGGAAUUAUCGUAACCGAAAUUCGAUUCCCCGUUCGCGUUGGUCGAAUGAAUUACUCUUGAAAACUGGUACGUUCGUGCGAGUUGCGCACUGCCUACCUGUACCUACUUCACUCGUCGUUGUUGUUUGUCUAAUUGUGAACGUUUUGUUUAUAGUUUUAUUUCAUUAACUGAAAAUUUUAUGCGUGUAUAAUAAAAAUCGUGUAUAUUAUCUA